UAUUUUAUUAUAAAAACUCCCCAAUUCUUCUCUCCAUUUUAUUUUACAAAACCUGAUCAAUAAAUCGCUUCAAACCCUAGAAAAUUCCUUUCCCUCACUUUCCCGAGAAAAUCAAAUCCCAUCUCCCACAAACAUUGAGUCUCUCUCUCUCGGGGUAUGGGAAGGAUUUUAAGAGAAACGUCAAAGCCCUCGACGCUGUCAUCGUCCCCCUCCUCCUCCUCGUCGCCCCCGUUAAAUGUAACGACUUCGUCGACGUCGAUAACCGACACCGUAAACGGGUCUCACCAGUUUAAGAUAACGGGGUAUUCGUUAUCGAAGGGAUUAGGGGUCGGGAAAUAUAUAGCGUCGGAUACGUUUAAUGUUGGGGGUUAUUCAUGGGCGAUUUAUUUUUACCCAGAUGGUAAAAGUGCGGAGGAUAAUGCUACGUAUGUGUCUCUGUUUAUAGCUUUGGCUAGUGAAGGGACGGAUGUUAAGGCGCUUUUCGAAUUGACUCUUUUGGAUCAGAGUGGGAAGGAGAGGCAUAAGGUUCAUAGCCAUUUUGGUAGGUCGCUUGAAACUGGGCCUUACACGCUUCGAUAUCGCGGUAGCAUGUGGGGAUACAAACGGUUUUUUAGAAGAAGUCUUCUAGAGUCAUCAGACUACCUUAAAGAUGAUUGCCUUCAAGUACACUGUAGUGUAGGUGUUGUUAGGUCGCGCACAGAGGGGCCAAGAACUUAUACUAUAGCAGUACCACCUUCUAGCAUUGCUCAGCAUUUUGGCCAAUUACUGGAAAGCGGUAGGGGGACUGAUGUAAAUUUUGAAGUUGAUGGAGAAGUUUUUGCUGCUCAUAAACUUGUACUUGCUGCUCGAUCACCUGUGUUUAUGGCGCAACUUUUUGGUCCUAUGAAGGAUCAAAAUACUCGGCUAAUAAAAGUUGAAGACAUGGAAUCCCCAGUUUUUAAGGCAUUACUUCAUUUCAUGUACUGGGAUUCACUACCUGAUCUGGAAGAACUCUCUUGUUUGAAUGCAAAGUGCGCAUCUACUUUAAUGUGCCAGCAUUUGCUUGCAGCAGCUGAUAGGUAUGGUUUGGAUAGGCUCAGAUUGCUUUGUGAGGCCAGCCUGUGUGAGGAUGUGGCUAUAAACACUGUGGCAACUACCUUAGCCUUGGCAGAGCAGCACCAUUGCUUGCAGCUAAAAGCUGUGUGUCUCAAGUUCGUUGCAAUGCCUGAAAAUCUUAGAGCGGUGAUGCACACGGAUGGUUUUGAAUAUCUAAAAGCAAGCUGCCCCUCGGUACUUUCUGAACUAUUGGAGUAUGUGGCUAGGGUGAGCGAGCACCCUGUAAUUGUAAGUAGGCACGGGAAUGAUGCUAUUCUCGACGGAGGUGAUCUCAACGGGAGACGGGUGAAGCAAAGGCUAUAAGAGGAAUUACUCUUUUCCUGCAUUAUCUUCGUUGCUGAACUAAAUAUGAAUUAACAAGCUGUAGCCUUGUAGGAGUAGAAGAUUUUCGAAGUAAUUUGUAUGAAAUUCUGAAAUUGUUCAUUCAGCUUCUGUGUCCAUUUGUAGCCUAAACAGUUUUCUUUCUUUUCUUUUAAUAGUUUUCUUUCUUCUCA